AUGUGCGUCGACACCGAAGGGGCGUGGACAACAAAGGGGCGUGGCCUCGCUCUGUCAUGGCGGCGCCCACAGUGGACGGUGCGCGUGCGGGGGGCGGGAGGAUUUGGGGUUUUUUUGGGAUUUAUGGGGGGAUUUUUUUGGUUUUUUGGGGGGAUUUGUGGUCGGGGGCGGGGCUCUGACCUCUCCCCUCCCCCCGCAGCCCCUCAGGGGGUCCCCGACCCCCCCGGGCCCCCCCAGGACGCGGCCGCGGAGGAGCCCGAGGAGGAGCUCGAUUUCCCCCAGUACGAACUGGGCCGCCCCCCCCGCCAGGUUUGGGGGGCGCGGGAGGAAUUCGCGCGGCGCCCCGAAAAUUUCCUGCGAGGCUGCAAAUGGGUCACUCGGGGUCACUCGGGGUCGCUCUGGCCGCAGCUCCCGGCCGUGCGGGUGGCCGAGGGUGACACCAUCUACGACUUCACCUGGUACCCCCUGAUGGACUCCAGCGACCCCCCGAGCUGCCUGGUGGAAAGGGAGGGCGGGAAUGGCCAGCGAGGCCUGAUUGGCUGCCUGGCCUUCAGCCCCAGCCAAUCGCUGUUCGCCUGUGGCUCCUAUGAUGGGCGUGGCCUAACCUUUGUCUCCACCCCCUCAGAGGGCGGGAAUGGCCAGCGAGGCCUGAUUGGCUGCCUGGCCUUCAGCCCCAGCCAAUCGCUGUUCGCCUGUGGCUCCUAUGGGCGGAGCCUGGGUCUGUACCCGCUGGAAGGGGGCGGGGCUGUGGCGCUCUGGCCCCGCCUCCCGGCCGCGCCCACCCACCUGCUCUUCAGCCCCUGCGGGACGCAGCUGUACGCGGGCGGGAGGAAGGACCGCCACAUCCUGUGCUGGGACCUUCGUGUCCCCGAGCGUCCCCUCCUGGCGCUGCCGCGGCGCGUGGCCACCAACCAGCGCGUGACCUUUGACCUCGACCCGUCGGGGCGGUUCCUGGUCAGCGGUGACACCGAUGGCUUUGUCACCGUGUGGGACACGCUGGCCCCCCCCGGCCCGGGGGACCCCCCCGAGCUGCCCCCCCUGCUUCGCUUCCGCGCCCUCCGCGACUGCGUCAACGGCACCAGCCUGCACCCCGGGCUGCCGCUGCUGGCCACGGCCUCGGGCCAGCGCCUGUUCGCGGCGCCGUGGGACAGCGACGGGGACAGCGAGGGGACAGAGGAGGGGCCGGCCCCGGGGGGGGACAUCCGGCUGCAGCUCUGGUGGUGGGGACCCGAGGACAGCGGGGACGGCGGCUGGGACACCCCCGGGGACACCGGGGACAUCACGGACAGCGGCUGGGACACCCCCGGGGACAGCAGGACCGGCCAUUGUCACCACCCUGGGGACACCGAGUGUCACCUCCCUGGGGACACCGCAACUGGCCAUUGUCACCGCCCUGGGGACACCGAGUGUCACCUCCCUGGGGACACCAAGACUGACAACUGUCACAUCCCUGGGGACACCGAGUGUCACCUCCCUGGGGACACCGCAACUGGCAAUUGUCACCACCCUGGGGACACCGAGUGUCACAUCCCUGGGGACACCGGGAUUGGAGAUUGUCACAUCCGUGGGGACACUGAGUGUCAUUUCUCUGGGAACACCGAGACUGGCAAUUGUCAUCACCCCGGGGACAACGAGUGUCACCUCCCUGGGGACAUCGGGACCACUGAGUGUCACCUGCCUGGGGACACUGUGAACCACUGA